AUGAGGAUUGGCAGGCAUGGGGUGGAUUUUGACAGUGCGGUACAAUCAAUGCGGUAUAUUCUGGCUGAUUAUAUGAAACCUGAAGUCACUUUAUUUGAGGAAGCAGACUUAAAGAAUGGCAACAGCAUCGUUCUCAAUAGUGCGGUUCCAAACUUGGAAAGUAGAGGAUACAAAACAGUAACUCGGUCAAUUAAAGUCAAAAGUGGAGUGUGGGUGGCCUAUCAUGAAGAACACUAUUCUGGAGAGCAGUAUGUCCUAGAGAAAGGAGUGUACAGAACCACAAUAGCUGGGGAGGAUCAGACAAGCCAAUCAAGUCCUAUUCGCCCGAUACUGCUGGAAGCUGUUGGAGGGAAUGAAGCACAGUUUCAGAUCCAAGCAUACAAUGGAAUUGACUUUCAGGGAGAAAGUGUUGAAUUUGUAACAGAAUUGCCCAGCUUACCACCUUUACAACCAAAUGCAUUUAAGGUUCUUCGUGGAUGCUGGGUUCUGUAUGAUGAGGAAGACUAUAGUGGCUGUCAGUACGUGUUAGAGGAAGGUCACUACCCAGACCUUGAUUCCCUGGGAUGCCUGUCAGGCAAAUCAAUCAGAUCUCUUAAGCCCAUCAUUUCUGAUUUUUCUACACCUUCUAUUGGCUUGUAUAGCCUUGAUUCAUUUGAAGGUCAGGAACUGAUUCUUACAGAAGGUGCCAGUUGCUUGAAGAAGAUAGGAUAUUAUCAGUAUCCAAACUCGGUAAAGGUGAACAGUGGAACGUGAGUAGGCAAACUACUGAAUGCGAUUCAGAUAGCUGGAAGGUAGAUUACUUCUAUUCUAAGGAUUAAGUCCAGAGAAAGUAGUUGAUUCUGGUUGAGAUAACAUCUUUGCAGAUAAGCAGAAUGAUUUGAAAGUUGUAAAGUAUUACAGUAAAUCCAUGGAAGAUUUACACAACAGAUGUCACGUGAAUAGAGAGUCAAACAGUUGCAUUUUUGAAUAUUAUUUGUGGCAUGUAGAAGAGGACAUGAAUUGAUGCUAGCAACCAGGUAAACUUCUGUGAUGUAUGGUAGCACAACUUCCUCACAUCUCCAGCAACUCUGGUUCAAUCCUGAACUCUUGGUGCUGUCUGUGGAGUUCCCUGGGUGCUCUGGUUCCCUCCCACAUUCCCAAAGAUGUGCUGGUAUUGUAAUUGGCUACUGUAAAAUACUCGUAGUGUUGAUGGAUGACAAAAGAAUCAAAGGGGAAUAAGUUACAGGAAAACAACAAAGGGUAUGGGAUUAUUGAGAUUGCUCUGUUCGUGGAUUCUGUGAGUUGAGUGGCUUCCUGAGGUGUAGUAGGUAAACAAACUAUUUAUUCACUUAAAUUAUGUGUGAUGUAUAAUUUUUGUGGAAACUCCACAGAAAUGCACCCUUUUAUCUGUCAAAUUCUCAGGGACAGCUAUGGUAGUUUUGAAGCGGAGUAAAUGUUCCACUUUGCACCAACAACAAUGUCACUUAAUUUCAGUCCACAACUCAGCAGAACACCAUUCACUGUAAAAUGUAAUAUUUUCUACUCACCAUCUAUUUUUUGCUAAUUACCAUCAAAUAAGUAGGGUUUUUAAAGUGGGAGACUGGAAAUAUUG